ACCAGAAAUCGAAUGUCAUAUUUUUCUAGCCGUUAAAACUCCGCUUUCUAAGUUAAAAUGCAGGAGAGUCGAGAAUCUAUAGACACUGAACCAAUACCGCCGACAGGUGGUGACCCUUUGCCACAACCAGAAACCUUAUAUGACAGAAAUGAAAAUGAAGAUCAGGCGGAACCUGUAAUACAGGGACCUGAUCUUUAUGCUGCAGAAUACAAGACAUAUCCAGAGCCUGGUCAUGCCGUCAUUAUCAACAACAGAAAAUUCACAGAUCUGCCCGAUCGGGAAGGAACUGAUAAAGAUGCAGCUAAUUUGUUAAACAGGUUUAAUGAAUUCGGCUUUCAUACUAGGCUUAUCUGUGACAAGUCCAGACAUGAAUUGCUGGAAGAAUUGAAAAAUAUUGCAAGAAUGGACCACACAGAACAUUCAACUUUUUUUUGUACGUUUUUGACACAUGGCAAUGAACGUGGUAUAUGGGCAACAGACAGUCAGAUAAAAAUGAAUGAACUGAGUGACAUCUUUGAUGCCAAAAACUGUCCAACCCUCAUCAACAAACCAAAAAUCUUCCUCAUGCAGGCCUGCAGGGGGAAUGAUGAUGUCCAUGCAGCAACGAUACGUGUACUUAACCCUCAGGCAGAACAUGUAGCGGCCGACACCAUGCCAGAUGAACCAGAGGAAAUGGAGGUACAAGAAGUAGAGGAGCCUGCCUCAAUCGACAUCCUCACUGUACCAACUAUCAUGGACUUCCUCUUCAUUUAUUCAACUGUAGAAGGUAAAAAAGCUUACAGAAACACAGCCAUGGGAACACCUUUCAUUGCAAAAUUCUGUGAAGAACUGGAAUUUCUUCUCCAUAAUAAAGGCGAAGAUGACAUCUAUACUCUCCUUAAUCGUGUAAACCUUUCAGUUGCUAUAAAAUUCCAGGCCCAUGAUGGUGGCAAACAGAUGCCUUGCUUUGUUUCUACAUUAACAAAAACGUUCAAACUGAAGGCUCCUCAGUAAAUACUCGAGUGGUUGGAGUGUAUGGGUAGGCUUUAUAUAUAAAUAAUCUUAUCACACUACCCACUAAAAUGUCAAGGUCAUUAUCUCUAUCUUAGAAAAACAAAAGUUCAUUCACCAUCAUGACUUUAGCAUCUUGAAUGAAGUCCUGUUCUAAGGUUCCAUGGUCACCAAAAUUGUUAAUGAUUACGCGGUAUCUGUAUAUAUAUUUGUUGACAAUUUGGAACGUGAACGCUUCAUUACAACCCUGCUAGGGGCCGUUCCUAUAGAACUGCAACUGUUAUUCUCUAAUGUUGUAGAAUUACAAUCAUUUAGAUUGGCUGAAAUAUCGAAAAGAGUUAGAGCCCUCUAGCAGCAAUUUUCUGCGUAAAUAAUGCAGCAAUCUUUCAAAUCGCUGUUGUAAAAGCGUCCACAAUUAGUUAAUUUUUUAAAAUAACAAUACAAUUACCAUAUAUUAAAAAAAAAAAAAAAAGAUGCACAGUGUGGUUGAACUAUUGAUAAAUUUUGAUUUUGUAUUUAUUAUAAAAGUGCCUGAAUUAACAUUUCAAUGAGGCUUUAAUACAGCUACAUUGUUCAGUUAUAAUGCUUUGCGAUUUACAGUGUCUUUAUUUUCCCAUACUUUUGAUAUAAGAUUUUUUUUCUCAUUUGUGCACUCUAUUGAUCAUUAUCAUGUAAACAACUCCUAUAUUCUUUGAUGUUUUUUCUUUUUUUCUAUUACACUUUCACCCUGAUUUCUUUUUGUACACCCACUUUAUAAAUCACUGCUUGUUUACUAUGUUUUUUUACUCUUCGAUUAUGGAGGAAAUAAAGAUAUGAAUGAAUGAAGGCUCCUCAGUAAAUACCCGAGUGGUCGGAGUGUAUGGGUAGGAUUUAUAUAUAAAUAAUCUUAUCACACUACCCACUAAAAUGUCAAGGUCAUUAUUUCUAUCUUAGAAAAACACAAGUUCAUUUACCAUCAUGGCUUUAGCAACUUCAUUUCUUACAGAAACCAUAAACCUUCAACAUCUCCUUGAAUGAAGUCAUGUUCUAGGGUUCCAAGGUCAAGGUCACAAACAUUUACAGAAAUUUAUCAAGCAACAAUACUUACUAGAUUAUGAUAGCAAGUCCUAAUUUCCAGUUCACCGACAAUUCUUAACUAGAAAAUGUUAGUUGGUUGUAUAUUGUAUGCCACAUGCAAAUCAUCAUUAUUAAACAUUGAUCUCAUUAAAAGUAAUCACAAAUAUGAGGGGCUGUUUGAGAACAGAAAAGCUCACCUAUUGACAACAUAUUUCAAUCAUGUGGAAACUAUUAAAAAAUUUAUGAAAAAACUAGAGGGAUUUUAAUAAACCCUGAAAAAUAUAGAUAUAGCAUUUUUGGAUCCCCAACAAUUAGAAUUAGUGUAUUUCUCAGUAUCUACUCAAAAGUUUAAACAAGUUAAGUUGAUGUCCAAAAACAUUUCAUUUUUGGGUAUAAUGAAAAUCGCCUAUAAAUAGUUAAUGUUGAUUCUCCUUUAAAUAAUUCACGAUCCACCAGUUUUCACGAAAAUGCUAUAUUUUUAGCCCACCAUCAUCAAAUGAGCAAUUCAAAUGGGUCUAUGUCCAUCCAUCUGUAACCUGGAUUGAUCGUUCUCAUACUUCGUAUGAAGGGUUGCUUUGGUCUCUAGUUGUGCCCUUUUGAAAUGACAAGCUGCCAUCUUGGUUUUGACAGCAAAAAUUUGCUAUUUCUUGAAGGGCACUCCAUGCUGGAUUAAUUUCUGUCCAUGACCAUAUGCAGGUUCCACUUUGUCACUAGUUGUGCUUUUCGGAGUUUGAAACUGAUCAGGUAACCAAAAUGAUCGGAAUAGGGCCAUCAUGGAUUUUCAGUUAAAGUACUGGAUGGAUCUUUCAUGCAGGUUUCCCUUGAUUCCUGCUUGUGCCCUUUUGAUUUUGGGAUUGAUCAGGAAAGCAAAGUGGCCAACAGGUAGCUGUCUUGGAUUUUGACUAUUAAAGUUUGUUGGCACCAUUUCAUGAGAAAUACGGGAUGGAUUUUCUCAAAUUUCAUAUGCAGAUUCCCAUUACUCACAAAUUGUGGCAUUUUGAUUUGGAGACUGAUAAGAAAAACAGAAAGAAUAAUAAAUAGUGGGCACCAUAAUCCCUCUGGGAUCUCAUUUUUUGAUAUAUAUAUUCUUUUUACAAAAUGAUGAGUGUUAUAAAGUUUAUAAUACCUAUAAAUGUUAUGUAUUAUCUAUUGUCAUCACUUUUGUAAAUUUUUUUUUUCAAUGAAGGUUGCAAUGUGUCGUGUUAUUAUUCAGAGAUAAUUCAUCAAUGUUAAACUUUAU